AUGCGACGGACUUAUACAAACGAAUGGGCGGUACGAAUAGCUGGAGGAAAAGUGGAGGAUGCCGAGCGGUUGGCCAACAAAUACGGGUACACUAAUUUGGGUCCGAUAAUUCCGGGUGACGAGUUCUAUCUGUUCCGUGACGAUCGAAAAAAGUCUCGAUCAGCGAGAAAAACGAGAAGUCUCUCGGCGAAUCAACUUCAACACGAAGAAGAUGUGAUGUGGAUGGAGCAACAAGUGGCGAAGAGGCGAGUGAAGAGAGGCUAUCGACGGAUCAAGCGGCAUACGGAUGAUAAUGAGAUAAUUGAGGAGGAUGAGGGACGGCAAGUGAGCAAAUCGAGGAAUAGAAAACAUCCCGAUCCAAACGACCCGUUAUGGACUGAUAUGUGGUACUUGAACCGCGGCCAAAACGACCACGACUUCACCGCCCGUAUGGACCACAACGUGAAGGAGGCGUGGGACCUUGGCUACACGGGAAAAGGGGUCGUUGUGACAAUUCUAGACGACGGUCUCGAACGAACCCAUCCGGAUAUCUCACCGAAUUAUGACGAACGAGCGUCGUACGAUGUCAACGAUCGGGAUAGUGAUCCGAUGCCUCGAUAUGAGUUUUCGGAUGAGAAUCGACAUGGGACACGGUGUGCUGGAGAGGUGGCGGCGAUAUUUAAUAAUAGUUUGUGUAUUGUUGGGAUAGCGUAUAACGCGAGAAUUGGUGGGAUUCGGAUGUUGGAUGGUGAUGUGACGGAUGCGGUGGAGGCGGCGUCUGUCGGACAUAAUGCGGAUUAUAUCGAUAUUUAUAGCGCCUCGUGGGGUCCCGACGAUGACGGUCGUACCGUCGACGGACCAGCAAAGCUAACACGUAGCGCAUUCGAGAAAGGCAUCACAAUGGGACGAAAAGGAAAGGGAUCCAUUUUUGUGUGGGCAUCCGGAAACGGUGGAAAAGAUGCGGACUCUUGUAACUGCGACGGUUACACCAAUUCGAUUUACACUCUCUCAAUAUCAUCUGCCACUGAAAACGGCAAUAUUCCAUGGUACUCUGAAGCGUGUAGCUCCACUCUAGCGACCACCUACUCCAGCGGUGCAACCGGAGAGAAAAUGAUCGUGACGACUGAUCUACACCACGCGUGCACUAACAUGCAUACAGGUACCAGUGCCAGCGCCCCGUUGGCCGCUGGUAUCGUCGCGUUGGCGCUCGAGGCGAAUCCACAAUUGACGUGGCGAGACCUUCAACACAUUGUGAUUCGAACCGCCAAGCCUAUCAACUUGAGAGCUGGCGAUUGGACUACAAAUGGAGUCGGGAGGAAUGUGUCACAUAGUUUCGGGUAUGGGUUGAUGGAUGCUGGGGCGAUGGUGAAGUUGGCGAAGAUUUGGAAACGGGUUGAUGAGCAACAUAGGUGUCGACAGUUUUAUCCGAGCAGGUAUAAAAAUAUUCCAAAUGGAAACCGUCUCCAACUUCAACUCUACUCGGACGGAUGCUAUGCAGCCGCCGAGGAGAACAAAGUGUCUUAUGUGGAACACGUGCAGGCGAUAGUCACCCUAAAAGCACCAAAACGAGGAGACCUCCAAAUCUAUCUGACAUCUCCUUCAGGCACAAAAUCGACGUUGCUAACGAAGCGAGCGCGUGACACGUCACGUAGCGGUUUCACCGAUUGGGCGUUCAUGACGACGCAUAAUUGGGGAGAGCAGGCGGCCGGGUUGUGGAUUUUGGAGAUUGAUAAUGAUGGAUGGGAUGACGCCGAACUAGUGAAAUGGGAGCUCGUCUUGUACGGUACCGAUCGGGAAACCGGAGAUUUCGGUGGCCUCCACACGUCGCCUCUCGCCGUCAGAAGUGUCCAAAUGGAGGCGACGUCGUCGGGAUUCAGAAUACAUAACGUCUUCUUUUCCGUCAUCGUGAUGAUAAUUUUUAGAUUUUUGUAG